AAUGAAGAUUCUAGCAGAGCCAUUUGGCAGCGAGCGACGAGAAUGGCAAAGAAGACGGUGAAGAGGAAGGGGUAAUCGAGAUUCGUGUCCGUGACCAUAGCCACAAACACAACGAAAAGGGAGAAGCGAAGGUCGGAGGGAAGAAUGCAGCGGCCGGGGGAUUCCGUGCGGAACCGGUGACUGAUGGCCCCGGGAUGGGGGAGGGUGCAUGGUGCUUGGCGUUAACGGGGAGAUGGGAAACUGUCAUGGGAAGGGGACACGGUGUGGUUUCUGCUGUUUGGUGAUGACUUUGCACAGGAAGAAGAUGGGAAAAGUUGGCUGAUUACCUUGGAAAGCAAUGACAUCGAAUUUGAAAUCCAUGGAAGCUUGGUGGCGGCGGAAGGUUUAUCUAUUUUUGCUGCUCAACAUAAUUCUAACAGCAAGUCCAAUUAUUAAGCAUUUCCAAAUAUACACGAAAUAGGAGCAGCAAGAAAAUGAAAAGAGUGCGUAAAGUAAAGUGGGAGCAAGAGGUUAAUAAAAAUGGAGACGGCGUGGUACCAAAGGAGCCUCUCUCUCCUGCCUGCGCUCGAGGGAGCAAUUGAAGAGAAGAAGAAGUAAUAAGGUAAUACUACUACUGUUACUCUGUGUAUCCGUAGUUAAUUGGAAAGCAUUUUUUAGGUUUAGGGUUUGUGAAUUUUGAUAGAUUAGAUUAGAUGGAUAAAGUGUGUCUGAACAGUGAGGCUGUCCCUGUUGCUCCUGCCGUUGGAAUGGAAUUUGACAGCUACGAUGAUGUCUAUUACUUCUAUAAUUGGUACGCCAAGGAACAGGGUUUUGGGGUUAGGGUCACUAAUACCUGGUACCGCAAGACCAAGGAACGUUACAGAGCCAAACUUAGCUGCAGCAGUGCUGGCUUCAAGAAAAGAACUGAAGCCAAUCGCCCCAGACCCGAAACCAGAACAGGUUGUCCUGCUAUGAUCAAGUUCAGGUUGAUGGACUCCACUAGAUGGAGAAUUAUUGAAGUUGAGCUUGACCACAAUCACUUGAUUAACCCCACCAGUGGAAAGUUUUACAAGUCUCAUAAGCAUAUUCCUCUUGGGACCAAAAGAACCUUCCACUUAGACGACGACCAUGACCACCACCACCACUUAGAUGCAGCUGCUGCUCAACAGGUUCACAAAAUUACCAUGUUUCGAACUGUCAUAGUCGAUGCUCAGGAUGAAGGGGAAUCCCAAAACGCCCUCUAUUCCAAUCAGUUGAAGCUGAACAAAGGCGAUUCUCAAGCCAUUCUUAAUUUUUUUAGUCACCAGCAAUUGGCAGAUCCACACUUCUUCUAUGUGGUGGAUGUCAAUGAGAGGGGAUGCUUGCGGAAUUUGUUCUGGGCCGAUGCAAAGUCCAGAGUGGCAUACACUUAUUUUGGUGAUGUUGUAGCAAUUGAUACUGCGUGUUUGACAGCUGAAUUUCAAGUUCCACUGGUUCUGUUCCUUGGGAUAAACCACCAUAAGCAAUCCAUCUUGUUUGGUUGUGGAUUGCUUGCUGGUGACACCAUUGAAUCAUAUACAUGGCUGUUCAGGGCGUGGCUUACGUGUAUCUUAGGACGCCCCCCACAAGUUAUCAUUACCAACCAAUGUGGAAUCUUGCAAACUGUGGUUGCCGAUGUCUUUCCAAGAUCUACACACUGCCUUUGCUUGUUUAAUAUAAUGCAAAAAAUUCCAGAAAAACUGGGAGUCUGCAUUGAUUAUGAAGCAACCAAUGCAGCUUUGAGCAGAGCAGUUUAUUCCUCUCUGAUGGCCGAGGAAUUUGAAGCAACUUGGGAGGACAUGAUGAAAAGCAAUGAAACUAGAGACAAUAAAUGGCUUCAAUCUUUAUAUGAAGAUCGGAAACGGUGGGCUCCAGUUUAUCUGAAGGAAAUCUUCUUGGCAGGAAUGCUUCCAAUUCAACCAAGUGAUGUUGCAUCAUUUUUCUUUGACGGGUACCUCAAUGAACAAACUUCUCUAAAAGAAUUUUUAGAAAAAUAUGAUCAGAUUUUACAGACAAAGCGACAACUUGAGGCUUUGGCAGAUUUGGACUCAAAAUCUUCUAGCUUUGAGCCAAAAUCAAGGUCUUACUUUGUCUUGCAGGUUUCAAAGUUAUACACCAAUGAAAUAUUAAGAAUGUUUGAAAGGGAAGUGGAAGGGAUGUUUUCUUGCUUUAACUCCAGACAGAUAAAUGCUGAUGGCCCAGUCGUCACAUACAUUGUCCAGGAACAAGUUGAAGUUGAGGGAAAUCAGAGAGAUGCAAGAGAUUACAAGGUGUGUUAUAAUGAAGCUGAAAUGGAGGUCCUUUGCAUCUGUGGUUUGUUCAAUUUCAGAGGUUACUUGUGUAGGCAUGCUUUAUUUAUCUUAAGCCAAAAUGGGAUAAAAGAGAUCCCAGCUCAGUACAUUCUUUCACGAUGGAGAAAAGAUAUGAAGCGUAGCAAUGUUGAUGAUCACAACGGUGGUGGCAUUCAUAUUAGUAAUCCAGUUCAUAGGUAUGACCAUUUAUACAGACAGGUUGUGAAGGUUGUAGAGGAAGGUAAGAAAUCUCAUGAUCAUUACAGGACUGCGGUACAUGCAUUGGAGAAUAUAUUGAGCAAGCUUCAUCUUGUUAACGUUGAGGAUCCCAAUAUAAUGUACAAGUAUUGAUGUCUGUAUAACUAGGGCAUCGGCAUCGUAUAUUUGCGAUUUUAUAGGUACUUAAAAGUAAACACGGCAUGCAGAAAUAAUUCCAUCAACUAAUUCGAGUAGCACUAGCCCAGUCUCUUCAGAUGGAGAUGCACUGAUGUUAUAAAGUAGGGUUAAUCCUUCGCAUUUGCAUCUCCCUUGUAUCGAAAAAUUCAAUCAUCCUAAAUGUUGAAUUUGAUUUGUUCUAUAA